AUGGUAGUGGCUAAAGUGAAACCAAUACAGUUUCAAAGAUUACGACGGUCGAAUAGGAAAACACGCAACAGGAACUACUUGAUCUCUGACAAUCCAACGCAGCUGAACGAUUUGCCAAAUGAAGUUUUACUAAAGAUAUUUUCGUAUAUCCCAGUUAAAGAACUAUUCUACAACAUUCGUCCAGUAUGCAAACGAUACAAAGACCUUGCCAUGUCUCCAAUUCUAUGGAAGUCGAUCGAAGUGGAGAACGAAGUGCCAACGACCACCCUCAAGCAGUGGAUCAAAUCUGCCAAACUUUUGAAAUACUUAUCACUCAGACAUAGGCAUGACAUUAACAGUUUGGCAGAGGAGGUGUCCAAAUGUUGCAAGAAUCUAGAAUCAAUAAAAUUACAAAAUUGUUGGGGUUCGCGUAGUAAUUACCGUCUCCACAGUAACCCGCUCUGCCAUCUAGUUACGCGAUGUCCGAAAUUGUCCAGUUAUAACUUCAGCCAAAGCAGACGAUUCAGUUCUAGAUUCAUGUCCUGCAAAUUUUUCCGUCUCAUAUCAAAGGAUGAUAGACACGGAUCGGUGAUGAAGAAAUGCAAUUAUACAGGUCCCAUGACCCCCAAACAAAUGAAAGCCCUGUUUUCUGCGUUGGAAGAAUACGAGGUGCACGAAACUGCCACAAUUGGAAAUGUGAAUUUGAAUAAUCGUUUCAAGCUUCGAGACAUCGUGAGAUACGUCCAGAAUGAACCAAGUCCAAAUCGCAUCAUUAAUGAAGUUUGGGAAAAUAUUAAUUACGGCGGGGUGAAUGCGCGCGAAGAAGAAAACGCUGCAGAUGAUUUUGGUAUGGAUGUGGACAUUUGA